AUGACUUCCGAUGAGGCAAGGUUUCCAGCAAGGUAUGCAGACCCUGAGUAUCAACAAACUCAUCGAAACUUGUUCUCCGCAGCUCUCCUCCAACCUCUCGAGGAAGUGCUUCCCCCCGGUGUCAGCAAAAGCUCUUUCGAUGCUGCUAUCCAAAAAUUGAAAGAAAUUGUUGGGUAUGAUCAAGUGAUCUUAGGAACAGGGCUUGAGGAAUAUGUAGACCCCUACGAACUUUGGGAAAAUGAGGAUGGAGGGCCUGCACCACGGCUGAAUGGUUCUGCAGCACUCGAUCUGCAUCGUAUGAACCGUAUCAUUGAAGUUAACGAGCAAUUCUCUUAUGCAGUCGUCGAGCCAGGAGUGACAUUUACUGAUCUAUACCAAUAUUGUGCAUCCAAGAAACUUCGAGUGUGGCCGAGUGUACCUUCACUUGGAUGGGGUAGCGUGGUGGGAAAUACAGUUGAUCGGGGCACCGGAUUUACGCCGACUGCGACACAUCAUCAAAAUAUGUGCGGGAUUGAGGUCAUGCUGGCUAAUGGGGACAUUGUCAGGUCAGGCCAAUUUGCGAUAUCAAACUCUGCUGCAGCGCACUUGUCGAAGUUCUCUUUCGGUCCGUCCAUCGAAGGCCUCUUCCUUCAAAGUAAUCUUGGUAUCGUCACCAAGAUGGGCAUUUGGCUACACCCCCAGCCGCAAGCCUACAUGUCGUGCUCAUUCGAUAUGCCGGAGUUCGAAGAUGUAGAGACCAUCGUUGAUAUUUUUGGAGAGCUCAGAAGAGAUGGAUUACUCCCAAGCACCGUGUAUGUCUCCAAUAUCGUGGAAUGGUUGGGUAUGAUGGGCAAAAGAGUUGAAAUGUGGCCGAACGAUGGUCCUAUUCCGGACUGGAGGCUGCGUGAGCUCCAAAAGGAACUGAACUUGGGCUAUUGGAAUGUCAAGUUCGGCCUAUAUGGUGCGGCCGCAGUGAUUCAAGCACACUUCGACGAGCUCAAGCGAAUAGUAACCAAAAAAUCACCAACAGCUGCUCACCGUCUCCAAGGUCACAUCUUCGCUGGCGAGAACGACGCGCUACUGGAAGCAACAUCUGUCCCUGAUCCUCAUGGUGGAUUUUUUGUUGGUGUCCCAAGCUUGUGGAGUCUACCAAUGGUAAAGUACCGUCUACCAACCCAGUCUGGAGUUGGGGCUCACGCCGACUAUUCUCCCAUCAUUCCAUCCUCGGGAAAGACAAUUCUGGAAUGGGCGCGAACUGCGCGCAAAGUUUGCGAGAAGGAGAACUUCGAUCUCUUUUGCGACUUCUUCAUGCAUGAGAGACAUGUCAUAUUUGUCAACAUGAUGGUGUUUGAUAAGACCAAUCCCGACCACCGAAAAGCAGUUGACACCAUUUUUCGAGCAUUGUAUCGGGGGGGCCGGCAAAGAGGAUUUAGCAAAUAUCGCUCACAUGUCAAUUACAUGGAUCUGGUUGCUGAUGCGUAUGAUUACAACGACCAUGCUUAUCGACGCUUUCUCGAGAAGUUGAAGGACUCAGUUGAUCCCAAUGGGAUUUUGUCGCCCGGAAAACAAGGGAUAUGGCCCAAUAAGUACCGUCAGUUUAGAGAGCGGCUGUGA